GACUUCCUCCUCUCUCCCCACUGACUCCCAAAGACCCAUUGACCAAGACUAUUUCUCCCCAAGUUGAUCAAAGCCGACUUCAAGCUUGUAUAGCUCUUUCGAUACAUAGUACGAUCACCAUGAAUUACCUGUUGGCUAUUAUUGCUUGUAUUUUGACUCUCAUCAAUACCCUGCGAGCCGCACCAGCCUCAGUUGGCUCUGGGGACCUCCGUCCCAAGCAUACUCACGACACCAGACGUGUCAUUGGGUAUAACCCCACACCUGGGACCCAGCCCGAUCCACCAUGUCCCGGCGCCGGUUGCUAGAAAAAGACGACAAGGAUUCAAAACAUACUCGAGUCUUGCUGGGCUGUCUAGUCAUUCAGACGACGAGUUCGAUCCAAUUGGUUAAUCGAUCACCCGAGAGAAUCACCAAUGAAAUCGAUCCGGAUCUUGCUGGACUUUGUAUUCUACUUUCUUGGAAAAAUAAAUCUGGCUCUUUUUUAUCGUCAUCAACCUUUAUGAUUGUUGAAGGCGGAAAGAAAAGAAGAAGUGCUAUGUACUCCUUUAUGAAAGAAUACGUUACUCAAAGCGAUGUUGAUUGGACAGUGGACAGGCG